AUGAACUUCUCCCUCGACGCCCCCAAGCCCGCGCUUGCCCUACGUCUCAUGCGAGUCUGGCCCCAAGGCUGGUUCCGCCAUGUCGCCAUCGACGCCCGAGACCGUGCUCUCCUUGACGCCGUGCCCGUUCCUUCGGUCGAUUACGGAAAGAGUUCCUACCUGCGCAAGAUGUACCACUUGAAGCAGCAUGAGGGAGAGAAUUUCGGUACUACCGACUGGAUCGUCGAAACCGAUCAGUAA